UCUCCCACUCUCAAAAAUCUGUGAAGUCGAGUGUUCCGAAUAUGCGUAUGAAAGUAAAUAAUUGUUAAUUGUGAGUGGACUAUUGAUUCAGGCCGGACCGAGUCUAAAAUGGAAUGUUAAUUAUUCUUAUCUCGUUUAUUUUGUGCUUAGAAUGAGUUCAAAAUCAUAUUGGGUUUUUAUGUCAGUUGAAUGUGUUACACACGAAUGAGUUCUCGGCGUUGUGUCUUAUCAGCACUGAUAACGUUGAUUGAAGCCAGUUGGCAGGUUUCAACGAGAUUCGAAAGAAGCAAGACGAUUUUCGAAAGGUAAAUCGAAAUGGCAUCUGGGGACGAGAGACGAGUCGCUUUAAUUACGGGUAUUACCGGACAAGAUGGUUCCUAUUUAGCAGAAUUUUUAUUAGAGAAAGGAUAUGAUGUACAUGGGAUAAUUAGGCGAGCUAGCUCUUUUAACACAGCUCGAAUUCAACACCUUUAUGCAGACCCAAAAUGUCAUCGUCAGGGCAAAAUGAAAUUGCAUUACGGCGAUAUGACGGAUUCCAGUAGUUUAAUUAAAGUAAUCAGUUCUGUACAACCGACGGAAAUUUAUAAUCUCGCUGCCCAAAGUCAUGUGAUGGUGAGUUUCGAGGUAAGCGAAUAUACUGCGGAAGUGGAUGCAGUUGGAACAGUCAGAUUGUUGGACGCGAUACGUACGUGUGGCCUCGAAAAGUCUGUGAAAUUUUACCAUGCAUCUACGUCCGAACUCUACGGGAGAGUAACUCAAGUGCCUCAAAACGAGAAAACACCAUUUUAUCCCCGUUCUCCUUACGCCUGUGCUAAAUUGUACAGUUUCUGGAUUGUCGUGAACUACAGAGAAGCGUACAAUAUGUUUGCCUGUAAUGGUAUAUUGUUUAAUCACGAGAGUCCUCGCAGAGGAGAGAAUUUUGUUACGAGAAAAGUGACCAGAUCGAUAGCAAAGAUACAUUUAGACUUGCAAGAUGUGCUUGAACUAGGAAACUUGGAUGCUAAGCGAGAUUGGGGACAUGCGAAGGAUUACGUCGAGGCUAUGUGGCUGAUGCUGCAACAACCAACUCCGGAUGAUUACGUUAUAGCAACAGGAGAGACGCACAGCGUUCGUGAUUUUGUGGAAGCGGCAUUCCGAUACGUGGGUCGUACUAUUAAAUGGACAGGCGAAGGUGUGAAUGAGAUAGGGCAAGAUGCAGAAACAGGACAACUGUUAGUUAAAGUAAAUUCGAAAUACUUUCGCCCAACGGAAGUAGAUGUACUCUUGGGUGAUGCGACCAAGGCAAGGGAAAAAUUUGGUUGGAAACCUACUGUUAGUUUCGAGGAUCUGGUGAAAGAUAUGAUGGACUCCGAUUUGGAAUUAAUGAGGAAAAAUCCUAAUGCUUAAGAUCACAUUUCAUAUCUAUCACGAACCAUUGCAUUUCCAAAAUACAUUCUAUGUCUCUGUGAGACGGUAAUGUUUAAACAAAUAUUUAUUCAUUUUUUUAUAUCCUUGACUCAGGUUUGGGCCAACUCUAUUGUAAGCCUCACGCUACUUGUGGUGUUAAUGAGAAACCAUUUUUCUUUAACAUCUGAUAUGGCGUAACAUGUAUAUCUAUUAGAGGAAUGACUAAUAUCUAAUGUUGACACUAAAUGUUAUCAGUUCACAUGUUAUAAGCCUAAGCCUGACGGCACAAGAUUAUAAGAAUAAUUUUUACAACCGAUGUCUUCCUCAAUCUAUAAUUUUGUAUAUAAUGUAUUAUACAUUAGGUUAA